UUUUCCACACUUGUAACCAGAUCCUGUGCCACAGGAUCUGCAGGGAGGGGGCCUUUACGGAAAGCUCCACCCAUGCGAAGUAAUCAUCCCCAACCUGAAAGAAGACCAAGCCGUACGACACUCCCUUUUCGGUGCAGUCAAGACGUAAGAACAACUCAUCAUGGCAGACCUAGAUUUCUCUUCCGUGGACGCUGGGGCAUCGGUGACCUACCCCGUCCAGUGCUCUGCAUUGAGAAAGAACGGCUAUGUCAUGCUGAAAGGAAGACCCUGUAAGAUAGUCGACAUGUCUACCUCCAAGACUGGCAAGCAUGGACAUGCCAAGGUUCACCUCGUUGGACUUGACAUCUUUACUCAGAAGAAGUAUGAAGAUAUCUGCCCAUCUACUCAUAACAUGGAUGUUCCAAACGUGAAAAGGAAAGAGUACCAGGCCCUUGGGCUCUUGGAUGGAUUCUUGAGCCUGAUGGAUGAUGCCGGAGAAGUCCGAGAGGACCUUAAAUUGCCGGAAGGUGACCUGGGUAAAGAGCUCGAGAAGAAGUUCAUUAAUGAUGAACAGUUUCUUGUCAGUGUGCUCAGCGCUAUAGGUGAAGAACUUGUAGUUGGAACUAAGAACAUGACUGGUUGACGAGCCGGGGGAGGGGGGGGGGGGGAUUCACACUGGAGACCUCGCUCAUGUCCUCCGUUUUGGUUUGGAAGCCUCACCAUAGCCGCUGGCCUUCACCCCCCACUUCACCGACCGGUGCUGCCGGCCGAAAUCUGGGAACUGCAUCCGACGGACAAUUCAUUUCAACCAAUGAAGUAAUCCACUCAUAGUAAUCACAACAUACCAUAAAAAACAUUUAUUAAUAGUGUUCCAGGAAUUCCUAAGAAUAUUCCAGCAAUUUAUAACAUUCCUCUUAGAGCGUAGGCGAUUUUUUGUCUUUGUGCAUUACUUGUAUAAGCACUUGUCCUUUCUGAAUCAGAGGUUUUUCAGUUGGCUGUGGACGUGUAGGGGUUGUUCAGAGUUCCUAAAAUGUCUUAAGUCCUCCUGAAAUCACCCCCUCACGGAUUUGCACUGUUCAGAGAACCCGUAAACAUAACCUCAUCAAUAGACUGAAUAUGCCUUUUACUUUUAAAAUAUUUAAACAGCCAUAUUAUAUUGAUAUCGCUCCCAAGCUGUUUCUCUAACCACUAAGCAACAGUGCCCCCUUUUUUCCUUGUUUUUAAUCUGCAGACACAGAGUCCCUGGAGAAAGAGAAGACUGUUAACUGUCGUUUUCGUCAAAUUCUUUCUCUCACGUUCCUCUGUCAGUAGUUACCCCGAACAUUAGUCAGAUCAACCUCUGGCUCGCUCUAUAAAAUAAAAUAAAAAAAAAAAAACCUUGUCUAAUCAUAUCCUCAGCAUCUGCUCUACAAGCCCUUCAAACUCUGAACUUAUAACCAUCACUUAUAAUCCCUGCUGCUCUCGCUCCGUUAACAAAUGUGUAGGUAAUGUUUUAGAAAGAACAAACCCUGAAAGCCUUUAUUGCUCUCGUCUUUAAAAUUUCAUCUUUGUGUUUAAUUUCCACAUUUGAACUCUCUUAAAAAAUAAUAAUAAUUUCUUCAGAAUGCCACAGACAUUGCCUUCUUUAGUUGUGCUUGUGGAAAUAUUAAACCACUCGAAGCCGAGCAGCUGUUACGCUGCUGGUCAUCCAAGCCACGUUUGUAUUUUAAAGACUUUUCGUGCCCAUGACAAUAAAUAGAUGUGGAUUACCUUGGACUUAUAUCUGGAGUUGAAGGUGGAGGAAUGUAGUUUUAGAAAGAACAUUUUGUGGUAAUGGGUUAUUUGGGGUUUUUAACGGGAUAUUUAGGAUUUUGUGCAGAUACCCCAAAACAAACGGCGGCUCGCGUGUCAUUCUCUAUGUUUACAUUUUCACAGCCUAUUACUGGAACACAUGAGGUCACGGGGCAGAUGUGUUCACAUGCUGCAAUAAUGUGUUUGCUGGAGAACCUGCACUCGCAUGCAGGAAGUCAGAUUCUACCUCCUAACAUAAAAAAAUAAAACCAAAUGAUAUGUGUUAAGUGUGUUGGCAAUAUAUUUGAGUCAUUCCCCCCAAAUGUUUUCACUUCUGUAUUUGAACUGCGUGGAGGAUCCAGUCUUUAAAAAAAAAAAAAAAAAAGUGCACGUGUUAAGAAAUGUACUAAUAACCAGCCGUUGGCUGUGAACUUGUUAAAGGUCGAGUUUUGGCCUCACUCCUGUAGCAGACGCCCAUCAGUCCAUUACAUGAGCAGGGAAAAUGUUUACAUGUUGUCAUCAGGUCACUGCGAUCACAUUUCUGUGUAAACACAUACAUUGUAAUAUUACCAUUAGAAGGUUUUCCAUUCAGCUUUAAGUAUUUUUUUUUGUCCAGCAAGUUCUACACGAUUAUCGUCUCUUAUCAUUCCUUUAUUGUUUAGUUUGUGAUGUUUUCCCUCAGUGAUACCAACUCUUUGUUUUUCCACUUUUGAUACAAAACUGCUCUACAGCGAUAGUUUGGGUUGCAUGCAAAUGUCUAAGCUGUGUGACUCCAUUCUGUGUGCUAAGGGUACAGCUAAUGUUGAGAAGUAACGUCUUAAUGAAAUAUAUGCUCAAGCCAACAAUACAGUGCGAACCUGUGUGGCACACGGGCGCCCGCGCUACACGGUUCCAAGCCCCUGCUUGCCUUCAUGAGCACAUCGAUCCUUACGCAGCCCCUUAUCAUUCUCUGAGACUGACGAGCCUAAAGCAUAUCAGGAACACGCCGUAUGCAAACUAGAGGAGAUGUGAGCGACCUCUGCGGUUCCUUCAAGUGCUCAUCUGUUCAGAGUCUGCUGGGAGUAACUUAAAAAAAAAAAAUAAAAAAAAAUUGACGGCUCUGUGUCGUGACAGUAGAUUUUUUCUCAGGGCUCUAAACUGAGUGUUAGGAGGUGCAUUGAUUUACCUGUGUCUCCAGUGUGUUAAAUAAAUGAGACUAUGAGAACGUUUAUUUAUUUUUUUUGAUUAUU